GUACACAACGCACACAGUGAAAGAAAACUGGAAAAUGAGUAUCAGAGAUAUUAAGUAAUGUAAUCAGUAUCUGAUUGGGGAAAAGUGUCUGAUAGACCUAGCUAUCCUAAUUGGAAUAUAGAAGGAGGGGAGGCUAUUCAGAUUGACCGCAGCGCUUGUAAUCUAAAGAAUCCGGAACGUGUUUAUACAUUUCCCAGACUGCAGCAGUAACAACGGGAAGUGUACCGCUUGGCUAAGGAGUUUCUCGCUAAGUGUACUUAUUCAAACAGAGAUGACGUGUUCAUUAGAAAAUGUAUUGUCAGACGCCAAGUCGCUGGUGGAAAGACUUCGCAACCAUGACAAUGCAGCGGAGGUACUUAUCGAACAGACAACAUCCCUUAACAAGAGGGUGGAGGCCAUGAAACAGUAUCAGGAGGAGAUUGAGUCGCUGAACCGGGUAGCCCGGCAUCGGCCCCGUUCCAGCCUCGUCAUGGGCAUCCAGCAGGAAAACCGGCAGAUCCGUGACCUACAGCAGGAAAACAAAGAGUUGAGAACCUCCCUGGAGGAACACCAGUCUGCCAUAGAGCUCAUCAUGACUAAAUACAGGGAGCAGGUCUUCAGACUCCUCAUGGCCAGUAAGAAGGACGACCCAGCCAUCGUCAACCAAUUAAAGGAGCAGCACACCACUGUGAGUGACCCACCCUCUUCUAGUGUCACAUCGCACUCAGGAGCUAUCCUUUCUUCUUGUAUCGAAGAAGUUCAAAGCAAAUAUUUAUAUUGUUUCUAUUCUAUGACUCUGCAGGAAAUGCAAGCGCACAUAGAAAAGAUCAACGAGAUGGCUACGGUGAUGAGGAAGGCUAUCGAAGUGGACGAGGGGAGGUUGUGUGAAGAUGAGGAGAGGAUCAAGCAACUAGAGCUGGAGAACAGUGGUCUUCGUGAGCUGCUAGGGAUCAGUCGAGAAGCCUUCCUAGUUCUGACGAGAGAGGAGGCCUCGGAUAGCACAUCCCUGUCUGCCCUGUUGACCAGUGCCGACAUCAGCCUCCGGAAGAGUUAGGCCCACACCAGCACAAGCUUGGUGCGUGUGUGUGUGUGUAUAUGCGCCCCCACCUUGUACAGACCAUACCCCCCCAAUCACCUACAGCCACACAGACUCCCAGAGUGCA